CGUUUCUGCCAUUACAAAGAAGCAGAGUCCGAGGGUUGAGGAAGGAAUGACCCACAUGUGAUUGGUCAGGGAGAGAUGGUAGGCCCCAGAGGGAGGCCACGGCCAUCUGCCAGCCUCCCACUCGUCCCUGUGGAGGUGGUAGCCUACGAGUUGCCCUGACCCCCUAGUCGCAGCCCCACUCCUGGCUGUUUUCAAAGCAGUGGCUUCCACAGUGCGGGUGAGCAGGCAGUGGCGUGGCCUACCCAGUCACACACACGGCGCUGCUGGGGCUGCCCCGAGGGGGGCGGCCUUUGACCUCUAUACUGCUGGCCACAGGGAACCAACGAGAUCCUGCGGAUGUACAUCGCCCUGACAGGCCUGCAGCACGCUGGCCGCGUCCUGACUGCGAGGGUCAAUGAGCUUAAACGGGGCAAUGUGACCACCAUCAUGGAGACCAUUGGCCGGAGGCUUCGAGACUCCCUGGGCCGAACUGUGGACCUGGGGCUGACGGGGAAGCUUGGAGCUGUGCACCCCAGUGUUGCGGACAGUGCCAGCAAGCUCGAGGAGAACGUGUAUUACUUUGGCCGAACCGUGGAGACGUUGCUGCUCCGCUUUGGCAAGACCAUCGUGGAGGAGCAGAUGGUCUUGAAGCGGGUGGCUAACAUCCUCAUCAACCUGUAUGGCAUGACGGCCGUGCUGUCGCGUGCCAGCCGCUCAAUCCGAGUGGGGCUCCGGAACCACGACCACGAGGUUCUGUUGGCCAACAUGUUCUGCACGGAAGCUUAUUAUCAGAAUCUCUUCGCCCUGUCUCAGCUGGACAAGUAUGCUCCAGAAAACCUAGAUGAACAGAUUAGGAAAGUGUCCCAACAGGUCCUAGAGAAGCGAGCCUAUGUCUGUGCCCACCCUCUGGACAGGACAUCCUGAAGCAGAAGGACGCUGUUCCCUCCUGCCCCCAGGCCAACUCACUCUUUUUCCAGAAGGUGGAGAACUUGGGGUUAUUACAAGUUGAAUUGUCUCUUCCCAGUCUUCGCCGGAAGGGCUUUCUUCUGACCUGAGGGAGCCUCUUCUAGGCUGUGACCCGCAGGCACUGCUGCCUGACAGGACCCCAGGUUCUCCACAGAGACGGAGAGCACGUGGAAUUGCUGAGACCUGGGAUUGGAGGCUCUUCUGCCAGUUGAGACGUCACCGUAGAAACUGGGGCUUGUGCUGCUGCCUCCGUGGCCUGAGGCUGGUGGGGACCUGUUUCUGGCAUGGAUAGCCAUUUCUCCUAGACCAUGUAUUCUCCGAGAAACAGCCUGAGUGCUGCGUCCAUGUCACUCUUUCAAACUAAGAGCAAAAUGCACUUAAAACACAUGCCAGGAACGAUUUAACAAAAAAGAACAUAAAACGGCAGUUUGUGUAUACCCUUCUAGCCUCUGCUGUAUUGUCACGUUUUCCUCGGCCAGCCUUUAAUGGACAGCAGCGUGAGCCUGAGGUCCAGCCUUUGGUGGUGACUUCCAGUGCCCUUUGUCUUCACUCCGUGAGAAGAGGGCCGAGAGAGACAGCCGAGGGGCAGGUGCCCAGUCCAGGGCUACGGUGCUGUGGGGGGUCGUGAGCCCUGUCCUGGAUCCCUCUCAGGUGAUGGGUG